AUGACUACAGCUACCAUCGAUCCAACCACGGGAAACGAACCAUUGGUAUCUACUGCCGAACAAUUACAAGGCUUGAUUGACUCUUUUAUUGAAUUGGGAGUAUUAGUUCAUGAUAAUCAAGGAACUCAACAAUCACAUACAGCCCUUACCCAUAAAACCAAUCAGGUAAUUAGUCAACUUUCCUCCUUAACAGACAGCGGAUUUACACAGCAAUAUCCAAUCCCAGUGGAUGUGAUAUCGUAUAUUGAAGAUGGUAGGAAUCCUGACGUUUACACCAGAGAGUUCGUUGAGGUGACAGCAAGAAGUAACGCAAGACUCAAGGGAAAGAUGUUAGGAUUUCAAAAGUUGAGAGAUGUGUUAGGUGACAAACUUAGUAAAGAGUUCCCUGAGCUAGGUGAUGCAAUUGAAGAUAUCAAAAAAAGAACAACCCCCACCGAGGAAUAA